AUGAAUGACAAAUGUAUAGAAUGUUCUAUUUCAACAAAGAAAAUGGUUGGACUCAAGUACACAGUGGGUACAGUCGAUGAUGCUGAUAAAAUAAAGGAUAUUCUUGAUAUCCCCAUUGAUGUUGGAAAUGUUUUGUGUAGCAAAUGUUGGUCCGGGGUUUGUUUCUCUUUGUCAAAAAUACGCAAAGAAACGACAACAGUUUCUCCGCCAGAUAGUCAAGUGCUGUCUUCUGAAUCUCCAACUGUAGUAGAAAAGAAAGAUCCAGUUUAUGAACCUCCCAAAGUUCAAAAACCCCUUGCGGAAGAAUCAAUUGAACUACCUUAUAAGAGAGUAGUUUCUACUCACGCAUACUGCUUUAUAUGUGGAAAAGAAUCAAGCAUCAUUAACAUUCCUUUUGAAGCGCGUAAGCAGCUUUUUUCAGAAACGGGAAUUUUUAUCCCACAGGGAAAUCGAUGCUGUCAUCAACACCUUUUGAAAAAUCGACUUUAUCCAGAUGAAAUAAAAGACUUGAGAGUUGUUGCUCAUUCGUCCUCUAUCAAAGCAUCAGAUUUAACAAAAUUGCUUAAUAAGUUGAGCAUAGAUUCGGAUAGAGAACUAAUGGAUAGAAUUGCUGAUUUUUCAAUUCCUGAAGAACGCAUUUACACAUUCACUGGACUUACUUGGGAACAAAUAAUCAAAUUACGGGAUAUGAUGACUUCUCUGAGAAAUUCGGACAAUCGAACUGUAACACAAGCACUUGUUGUUUUUUUAUUCAGGUUGCGUACCGGAAAUUCGAAUGAAAUGAUUUGUUCCAUCCUCGGACUAGAAAGACAUCACCAAGUCUCAGAUUUUUCGACGUCUAUUCUCGAUUCUUUUGAAAAAGAUGUCUUGCCCUCCCGUUUCGGACUAAAGGCUGCAAAUCAUGACCAACUGAUUCGUGAUCAUACAACACCUCUUCUGAAUAAACUUCACAACGUCAGCGAUCUAAAUCUUGGACUCGUUGGUGACGGUACUUACAUAAAACAUCAAAAGAGCUCUAAUAAUGAGUAUCAGAGGAAAUCAUAUUCGGGGCACAAAAAACUUCCUUUGUGUAAACCGUUCACGCUUUGUGCUUUAGAUGGUUAUGUUGUAGACGUGUUGGGGCCUUUUUAUGCUACGGAGAAUGACGCUACGAUUUUGGGUUCUCUAUUAGCUGAAGAUCAAAGUGAUUUGAAGAAAUUGAUGUGCAAAGAAAAUGACGUUUUUGUGCUCGAUCGUGGAUUCCGUGACAUUCAGAGUAGAUUAGAAGAUGAGAAAUAUCGGGUUUUGAUGCCAUCGUUGAAAAAUAAAAAAGACAAGCAAUUGACGGCUUAA